AUGACAACACCACGCCCAAUCGCGGGCACCGCCGCGCUCGAGAAAAGCGACAGCGACCACCUCUCCACCGGCGGCCCCGAAACCGCCAAACGCGAGGACGUCGCCACCCCCUUCUCCCCGGAAGACGAAGCCCGCCUCACCAAGCGCGUCCUCCUCAAGAUGGACACCCGCAUCCUCCCCAUCCUCUCCCUCCUCUUCCUCUGCUCCUUCCUCGACCGCACCAACGUCGGCAACGCCAAGAUCAUUGGUCUCGAGAAGGACCUUGCCAUCUCCAACACGCAGUACAACCGGGGUCUUGCCGUCUUUUACGCCACUUACAUCGCAUCUGAGCUGCCUUCUAAUCUUCUUCUCAAGAAGAUAACGCCCCGGGUUUGGCUGCCGCUUCUGACGGUGGUCUGGGGGAUUGUAACGAUGUGUCUGGGGUUUGUAAGGAGCUUUGGCUCGUUUUUCGCCGUGAGGGCAGUGUUGGGGUUGGCGGAGGGGGGGUUGCUCCCGGGGAUGGUGCUGUAUCUGUCGGGGUUGUACACGCGGCAGGAGAUGGCGGUGAGGAUUGGUGUUUUUUAUACGGCCGCUAGUUUGUCGGGCGCUUUUGGGGGUCUCCUGGCAAGGGGUCUAUCCGCGAUCGGGCCUAGGGGUGGGCUUGAGGGGUGGAGGUGGAUCUUCAUCAUGGAGGGGGUCAUUACGGUUGUUGCCGGCGUGAUUGCGUACUUUUUUUUGCCGACAAGUGUUGCCACUGCGUCCUACCUGACACAAGAGGAGAGGGACUUUGCGCAGCUGAGGCUGCAAGGGAAGAUCGGAGCUGCCGGUGGUGACGAGAGGUUCAACCCCGUCUUGGAACGCGAAGAGAAAUUCAAGUGGUCCGAAGUGCGCCGCGGCAUCCUCAACCUCCAGGUCUGGCUCACGGCCACCGCCUACUUUGCCAUCCUAUCGGGACUUUACAGCUUCGGCCUGUUCCUCCCAACAAUUAUCAACGACCUCAAAAUCACAUCCAACGCCAACGAGAGUCAGCUGUGGUCCGUGAUUCCCUACGCCGUGGCCACGCCAGUCACGGUCGCCGUAGCUUUUGCCUCAGACCGUCUCAAGCUCCGGGGCGUCAUCAUGCUCUUCACUCUUCCCAUCGCCAUCAUUGGCUACGCGGUCAUCGGCAACGUCCCCUCUCCCAAUGUCCGGUUCGGCAUGACCUGUCUCAUGGCUGUCGGGAUGUACAGCAGCGUGCCGUGUAUUCUCGUCUGGAACUCGAAUAACUCGGCUGGUCACUACAAAAGGGCAACAACUUCGGCGCUGCAGCUGGCGGUUGCCAACUGUGGAGGCUUUGUGGCGACUUUUGCGUAUCCGAGCGUUGACGGGCCGUUGUACCACAAAGGACAUAGCAUCAUCUUGGGGCUGUUGGUUUAUGCGUGGCUUGCGAUUCUCACAAACGUCUUUUGGUGCAUCAAGAUCAACAAGGACAAGGCGAGAGGGAAGUACGAUCAUCAUGCGGGUAGCGGUGAUGACAGGGAUCCAAUGUUCAAGAUGAUAUUGUGAGAUAGGAAUUAUGCGGUAGUUAUGAAGAUUUAAGUUAUGCAUACAUUUCGGCCUUGGUGCUCUGU